GUGCACAAGUUUCUAAGGUGCUUCGCAAUAAAUUAGUUCAUAGCAUAGCCUAGUUGCCCAAUUAUAAAGUUUCCAAAAUUACAGUUACUAAAGUUAAAGAAAACUAAGUGAGUGAAAGACAAUGACACCGACACCAGUAGCAGAAAGUGACAAGCUUCCACCAAGUGACUUUGGGAGGAAUCAUAAGAGUGAAGAAAGUGUGCUUAUAAGAACUACACGAGUGUCGCUUAAUCUCAUAACCCAUGUACUUAUUGUAAUGACUGUGUUCAUAUGUUUGUUAUUCGCUUGGACUUGGAGUACGAGAACACUGAAUAUUUUCGAGUGGCAUAUUAUACUUUGUGUUUUGGGGUAUCAGUUCUUCAUGAACCAAGGGAUCCUAGUGCUAUCGAAGUACAACAGCUGGUCGAUGUACCUACCUCGCCUGUACAAACGUCACUUGCACUGGAUUCUGCAGCUAGUUGGCAUUAUUCUUGCCACUGUCGGCAGCACAAUAAUGAGUGUAGAUGUUCAUGUCAACUUUACUACUGCACACGGAAUCUCAGGAGUAUGUGCCUUAAUAGUAAGUCUGAUAGGCUUGUUCAAUGGGAUAAUAGCGUGGUAUGCUCAAAAGACAUCCUACAUAAAUGCUUACUGGAUAAAGAUGGUCCACAUCGUCACUGGUAUUGGAGCAAUAUUCCUCUCUGCCGCUAGUCUCUGCUGGGGAAUCAACAUUUAUGCAUUCAAGAUGUGGUCAAGCGAAGGUGAUGUUAUCGCGUUAAUAAUCUUCACUCUUAUUUUUUCUGUACUUGUUGCUAUUGACUUUUGGAUUCUAAUUUGUAGAAAAAUUUGUUGUUGAAUAUAGUGCCGCGCUGAAUAUGUUUCUGAUUUUACAUAAUACUUAAGGAAGUAGACAAAAAAAUCAAAAUCGGAUUUGUCCCGGCGAAAGAAGUUAGACAGGCCUUUUUUACUUCUUUAUUGACUCAGCUUUGAUCAAAGUACUCAACAUUUUGAUAGAAAAAUAAACAAAUAACAC